AGAGUUAAAACAGCCAGGUCCACUUAAUGAGCCCAGUUGGGACGGGAACAUUGAAUACGUUAAGGUACCCAGGUAGUUCCAAGUUACCUCAUACAAACAUCAAAUAACUACCAUAACCAUAGCUUUUAUAAGUUGUAACCAACAAAUCAUAUCAACCCCUUUCCUUCUACUCGAACUUGCUCAUCAAUGGAAUAGCCCGGAAAGUCUAGGUUUAUACGAAAUAUCCAGUAACAAGCAAGCAAAUAAACGCCCCUUACUCCGUAAGUGUGUGCCUCACAAUGGCACCUCGCAUCGAGGCUCAGGAGAUCGAAACAUAUUGGAACAUAUUCACAACGCGGACCAAUGGCGGCAAAUAUCUGACGGGCGAGCAAGCGGCGCCGCUGCUGAAGAACAGCGGACUGCGGGACGACCAGCUCGAGCGCGUGUGGGACGUGGCGGAUGUGGACAACGACGGCAAUCUCGACUUCGAGGAGUUCUGCGUGGCCAUGCGCAUCAUCUUCGAUAUAGUGAAUGGUGAAUACGCCGAAGUACCCACGACGCUACCGGACUGGCUCGUCCCCGAAUCGAAAGCCCACCUCGUCCAGGCUACCCGCGCUCUCACGGGCAAGCAGGUGCAGUUCGAGCGCGUCGACGACGACUCCGAUACGCCGGGGCUUAAGGAUGGGUUCGACUGGUACAUGAACCCGCAGGACAAGGCCAAGUACGAGUCGAUAUAUCAGGAGGCUAGGGACAUGCGAGGAGAGAUAUCCUUCAACGCCCUCGAAGAUCUCUACGAAUCCCUCGACGUGCCGGACACCGACAUCCGGUCGGCGUGGAACCUGAUCAACCCGUCGGCCUCGUCGACCGUCAACAAGGACGCGUGCCUCGCGUUCCUGCACAUCCUCAACAACCGGCACGAGGGGUACCGGAUCCCGCGAACGGUGCCCGCGUCCCUCCGCGCGUCCUUCGAGCGCAACCAGAUCGACUACCAGGUCGACAGCGCGCGCAACAACCCCCCCAACCCGGCCGCCUCCCGCUGGGCCGCCCGCGCCGACGACUCCACGUCCACGGGCCGCAAGGCCAAGUUCGGCGACCAGUACCUCACGCGCCUCGGCCGCAGCGGCUUCAAGACGGCCGGCACGGACUUCAGCUCGGCGCAGAGCGACGAACAGUGGGAGGAGGUGCGGCUCAAGAAGCAGCUGCAGGAGAUCGAGGAGCGGAUCGCCAAGGUCGAAGCCGACGCCGAAGCCCGCCGGGCGGGGAACGCCGGCGGCAAGAGGGACUCCAAGCCGGCCCUCGUGAAGCGGGAGCUCGAGCAGCUGCUCGACUACAAGCGGCGCGAGCUGAGGGAGAUCGAGGAAGGGAAAGGCAAGGCGAAGACGGGGAGCAGCUUGCGCGUCGUGGAGGACGACUUGCAGACUGUCAGGGCGCAGAUCGAGGGCCUCGAGGCGCAUCUCGCGAGUCGCGUGCAGGUUCUGGAGCAGUUGAGGAGGGAGAUUGAGGAUGAGAAGGCGGGGAGGUAGGGUGACAUGCGGUAACGUGACGUGAGUGAGCAAAAAUCGUCGCUAUCUACUAGUACCUGAUACCUUAGGUAGGUAGGUAGGUACCUAACCUAGAGCCUGGUCUACCCUGACCUACCCUAAUCUACCUGUGGACGGAUAGGUGGAGGAAAGAUAUGUGUUCGGUGAGAAAGAGUAGGAAGAACGGGAAGAGGGAGGGAGGAGAAGGAGGAUGAUAAGAAGGACGAGAAGAAAGAAUUUUACUACUCUCUCUCUCUCUCUGGUCCGAGACGAGAACUCGCUGAGAAACAGCGGAUGAAACCCCCCUCCCCUUAUAUGCGAGGCGAGGCGGUUAUAGCGAAUUAUACUACCUAGUCUGUAAUUCAACAAAUGUACUGUACGAAAAGAAGUCCCGUAUUUCCGGUUCUAUUGCGAGUGGGUAAACUCGAGUUAGGUUAGCUUAUAAUAAAUAAAUAAACAAAACAAAACAAUUACAAUCACCAUAAC